AUGAACCCCCCCGGGAGAAGGAGGUGCAAGGCGCUGCAGCAGCAGGAAAUCCCGACUAGGCAACGCCUGAUGUUCCCCAGGAGAAGGGAGACGUGCCGAGGAUUGCAAUGGGAUGCUCUGGCUAGGGAGCAGCUCCCGCUCCGUGCCGAGAGAGGAAGCCAGAAGCGGAGACGCGGCUGCAGAGGUGGACAGCUUUGCACUCUGGCUACCCGGCUGCGCUACCUGCUGGGGCUUUUCCUCCACAUGUGGCUGUGGACUGCCUCCGGCUCGUCCGCUCAGGUGUACAACCUCAGCCUAGCGGUGGACGAGGGGCUCCCCCCGGAUACUCUGGUUGGGGAUAUCCGUGCCGGGCUGCCCGGUGAGCAGCAGGGGGUGGGAGACGGCUUCUUCCUGUCUGAGGACUCGGGCGACUCCCCGCUGCUGGACGACUUUCACGUGGACACAGACACGGGCAUCAUCCGCACGGCACGGAGCCUGGACCGUGAGUGGCGGGACCGCUACAGCUUCGUGGCGGCCACGCUGCUGGGCGCCGUGGUGCAGGUGGAGAUUACAGUAAACGACGUGAACGAUCACUCACCCCGUUUUCCGAGUGACUCCCUGCAACUAGACAUCUCCGAGCUCAGCCCCCCGGGCACAGCAUUCCGCCUGCCCGGGGCCCGGGACCCAGACGCCGGGCUUUUUAGCACCCAAGGUUACACCCUGCUGCAGCCUCCCGAACUCACCAACAACACCGAGGGACACUUCUUCCAGCUGCGCUACGGAGGCCCGGGGCAGCAGAUUUCCUCGUCGGGCUCCUCCUCUUCUUCCUCCUCACCCCUGGAGCCUCUGGACCUCGUACUGGUGCGGCGUCUGGACCGUGAGGCUGCCUCUGCUCACAAACUGAUGAUAGAGGCAUGGGACGGUGGCAGCCCUCGCCUCACUGGCCGCCUGCAAGUGGAGGUACGCGUACUGGACGAGAACGACAACCCGCCGGUCUUUAACCAGAGUGAAUACCGGGCCACUGUGCCCGAAGACGCCCCGCCGGGCACCGCGGUCUGUCGGGUGCAUGCCACAGACCUCGACUUGGGGCCCAAUGGAGAAGUGCGCUACAGCCUCCGCGCCAGGCAGCCUUCCGCGGGCGGGUUCGACAGCGACGGGGCUUACUUCUCUGUGGAGGAGCUGAGUGGCUUGGUGCGAGUGCGCCGGCCGCUGGACAGAGAGUCCCAGUCCUGGCACCAGCUGGUUGUGGAAGCCCGGGACGGAGGCGCGGAACCUGAGGCCGCCAGCGCUCUGGUAUCCAUUGCAGUGCUGGAUGUGAACGACAACCGGCCCACUAUACACUUGCUCUUUCUAACUGAAGGCGGCGGAGCUCAGGUGUCAGAGGGCGCCAGGCGCGGGGAUUAUGUAGCCCGCGUCUCCGUGUCCGAUCUGGAUGGGGACCCUGAGGAGAAGGAAGCCACCGAGGUUGUAGUGGGUAGAGAAGGUGGCAGCGCAGGCAUCACACUGUCUUUGGAGGGCGGCGUGGGCUCCUUCGCUCUGCACCCGGGAGGCUCCCGGGAUGUGUUCUUCCUCUGCGUGGAGGGGUCCCUAGACAGGGAGAGCCGCAGCCAGUAUGAGCUGCUACUGGUGGCCACAGACUCAGGGUCCCCGCCCCUUAGCACCCAGGAGAUCCUCUUGCUUAGGGUCACCGACGUCAACGACCAGGUACCCCAUUUCAGUCAAGAGCACUAUUAUGCCUCCGUGUCUGAGGCCGCGGCGCCCGGCACUGCAGUGCUCCGUCUCAGCGCAACUGACGGAGACGAGCCAGGCACUGACCAGGCCAGGGUGCGCUAUGUGCUAACCCAGGUCCAGCCCCCGAAUGACUGCAGCCCUGAAGAAGCAGCGCUUGGAGCGAGAUGCCCUUCUCUGGCCUUUGCUGUGGACCCAGAGAGCGGAGUGAUAAGCACUACCCGGACCUUGGACCGGGAGGUCCAGGAGGCUGUGGGGCUGCAAGUGGUGGCUCAGGACCUCGGCCAGCCUCCUCUCUCUUCCACCUGCUGGGUGAGUGUGACUGUGGAGGAUGUGAACGACAACGAGCCGGUCUUCCAGCGACAGGUGUACAAUGCCAGCAUAGCUGAACAUGCCCCUUCCGGGCACUGUUUUCUGCAGGUAAAAGCAUCGGAUGCUGACACGGGCCAGUACGGCCAUAUUGAAUACUUUCUUUACGAUGGAUUCCACAGCUCUGAAAAAUCUCAGGCAUUCCAGAUUGACCCACAUUCUGGCCACAUCUGUGUGUCUCAAGAUAUCGACAGGGAACGAGAUCCAGCCACCUAUGAUUUGUUAGUGAAAGCUCAGGAUGGGGGUGGACUAAGUGCCCAAGCUUUUGUUCGAGUGGAGCUAAAGGAUGUAAAUGAUAAUCAACCUGUUUUUAACCCGGCCUCCUACGUGACAAGCAUCAGUGGUCACACACAGCCAGGCACGGAGAUUCUCAACGUUGUCGCUACUGACAGGGAUGAUGGAAUAUAUGGAGUAGUGGCCUAUGAGCUCAUUCCAGGAGACUUCUCCUCUCUCUUCACAGUUGACUCUGCCACAGGGAUUAUUUAUUUAAUAUCAACUCUUAGUCACUUGGAGUCUACUAGCGUGCUUUUGACUGUCUCUGCCCGAGAUGGUGGUGGGCUCACAUCUGUAACUAAUGCAGAGGUCACCAUCCACAUCCUCCAGACUGCUCUGGCACCUGCCAUUUUUGAAAGGUCAAAAUACAUCUUCUCCAUUCAUGAAGACAUGCCUGAAGACAGCCCUGUUGGAACUGUGAAAGCAAGAGAGCCUUUAAAUUCCUUGGAGACAGUAUCUUACAGAAUUUCCUCUGGAGAUCCCUCUGGGAGUUUCACUAUUGACCCUAGGUUUGGUGUCAUUCGUACCCGGAAGCAACUGGAUCAUGAAACACAGCCCAGAGUUAUCCUCACUAUCCAGUCACAAUUGGGCAGCUCCCCUGUCUAUAGUAGCACCCAAGUCAACAUCACUGUGAUUGAUGUCAAUGAUAAUCCUCCCAUUUUUCACACAGCUUCUGAUGAGGUGAGGUUAUUACAGAGUACACUGCCUGGAACAGCCUUAUAUAUUGCUCAUGCAGAAGACAAAGACAGUGGCCAGAAUGGAUUUGUCCAAUAUACCAUCGAAAACCAGAGGUCAAACGUCUUUGCCAUUGAUUCGGAUACUGGUGUCAUCUACCUCAGUGGGACCCUUGGGCAAGAAAUGCAGCAGAGUUGGACUCUGUAUAUCAGGGCUAAGGACCUAGGAGUUCCCCCCUUAACAUCUCUGUUGAUGUUGACAGUGACUAUUGAAAAACCUCACUUGAAGCCUCCUUUGGCUUUUGAACACUUAGUCUAUCAGAUAGAAAUCAGUGAAUUCCUUUCACCAACAACCAGGAUACUUCAAGUCCAGGCCUUCUCACUAGAGCCACAUCAUACAACAUCCCACAUUGUGUACUCACUGGAACCCAGGACAGACUCUGUUGCAUUUGGCAUUGAUGUUUCUACAGGUUGGAUUUUUUUGCAGAGGCCUCUGGAUUAUGAAAUAUCCCAAAUAUACCAUUUCAAAGUAUUUGCCUGGAGCCUGGAGGACAGGUUGAGGCAAAAUGCGAGUACGGCCAUAACAGUUCAUGUUCUAGAUGAAAAUGACAAUUGUCCAACCUUUUUGCAUGAUGUCCUUUUUUUGCAAGUUGAAGAGAACCCCACACCCCAAGGGGUAAUAGGAACAGUUGUAGCGACUGACAGAGACUCUGGAAAAAAUGGACAGUUGUCAUAUUUCCUUUUAUCUGAUGGGAAAUUCUUCAAGAUAAAUCCCAACACAGGUGAAAUUAUAAAUUGGAUGGCAUUAGACCGGGAGCAGCAAGUACAUCACCAGCUGAUGGUUCUAGUGACUGACCAUGGCUCCCCACCACAAAAUGCCACCAUGAUAACUUACAUCUCCAUUACAGACCUCAAUGAUAACAAACCUUAUUUUCCCCAAUUUCUCCCUGGAAAAGAACUCAAAAUUAAGGUCCUGGAAGGUCAGACUGCAGAUAUGUUGGUUACCACUGUAUUUGCAAAGGAUUUUGAUUCAGGAAACAAUGGAGAAGUUUUAUAUUCAUUAUCUUCAGAAGAGAGUUCAGAGCACUUUAAGAUUGAUGCCAACAGUGGAGAAAUAAGAACAACAACCCCACUCUCAUAUAACCAUAGGCCGCAUUACAGGAUGCUUGUAGUGGCGAGUGACCAGGGAAUGCCUUCUCUUCAAGGACAUGCAGUCAUUCACGUUGAGGUGAUUCCACUCUCCAAAGAGAGGCCUUCAGUUUCUCGUUAUAUUCAGCAUUUGGUCAUACCAGAAAACUUUAAGCCUGCAAAAGUAAUGAGCCUGAUAAAGUCCCCUGAUUAUCUACAGCAGCAUAAUGGAAAGCUACAGUUAAGUAUAGUUGAAGAAGACAAGGAUAUCCAUUUUGAGAUUGACAGCUCAACGGGGGACUUAUUUCUUUCUAGGGAACUUGACUAUGAAAUGACCUCUCACUAUCUUCUCAGGGUGACUAUGAAAGAUAAUAGCAAGAAUCCUCCACUGAAUAGCACCAUCUUCCUUAGUAUUGAUGUGGAAGAUCAGAAUGACCAUUCCCCUUCUUUCCAGGAUGAUUUCAUAGUGAUCAGCAUAGAGGAGAAUGUUUCUGUAGGCACCUUGGUCUACACAUUUAAUGCCAAAGAUGGAGAUGGCAGCUUUCUAAACAGCAAAGUACAGUAUUUCAUUGAAACUAACAGUCCUGGUGAAAAUCCUUUUCUUAUCCACCCCUCAUAUGGCACAUUGGUCACUGCAUCCCCAUUGGAUAGGGAGACCAUUCAGUCCUUUAUCUUGACAGUGACAGCAUCAGACCAGGCUGUGAAUGUAACAGACCGGAGAUUGAGAACCAUGACAGCCAAGGUGGUCAUUUUAGAUGUCAAUGACCACAGUCCUAGCUUUGUGUCCUCUGCUAUUACCUAUAUCUCAGAAGAUGAAGAAAUAGGUUCCUUGGUGCAUCACAUUGUUGCUAAGGACCCGGAUGAAGGAAGGAAUGGAAGAAUCACAUAUAACAUUCUCUCAGGAAAUGAAAACAAAACCUUCAUGUUGGAUGAGAUAUCAGGCUUGUUAACAACUAUUUGUCCUUUGGACUAUGAAACCCAAACCUUUCAUGUACUGACCCUCCUGUCAUUGGAUGAUGGCCUGCCAGCACUCUCUGCAACACAGACCUUGACAAUUUAUGUCCUUGAUGUAAACGAUGAGGCACCAGAAUUUAAGCAACACCUCUAUGAAGCUACAGUGGCUGAAAACCAAGGUCCGGGGCAGUAUGUUACCAAGGUGGAAGCUGUGGACAGAGAUUCAGGAAUCAACUCCCAACUGCAAUUUGAAAUCAUGCCAACUGCCAUAUCUGGGCUUUUCAAGAUCAAUUCCAGCACUGGAGAGGUGGUAACAGCAGCUACACUUGAUAGAGAGACUCAGGAGAUCUUCACUCUUAGAGUACUGGUGAAAGACCAGGGAGUCCCUCCAUUAUCCAGUACCAUGACUAUUCUCUGCAAUGUGAAAGAUGAAAAUGACCAUGCUCCCAAGUUUAUUAUCCCCAACCCUGAAAUCCAGAUUCCAGAGAACCAAGAGCCAGAGGUCAUCUAUACUGUUUUAGCUACAGACCUGGAUACUGGCAACAAUGGAGCUGUGCGGUAUCAUAUAAUUGGAGGAAAUACUGAGCAGCACUUCACCAUUAAUGAAACUUCAGGAGAGCUCUCGACAGCGUGUAGCCUAGACAGGGAGCACAUCAGCAAUUUCACCCUCAUUAUUGAAUGUUCUGAUCUGGGUAGCCCAGGUAGAAGCUCCAUAAUGGAGUUAAAAGUGAUCAUCUGGGAUGAUAAUGACCACAGCCCUACCUUCCCUACAUCCCACUACCAAGCUUCUGUGAAAGAAGAUCUUGAAGUGGGGUCAGUGAUCUUAAAGCUCUCUGCAGCGGAUGAAGACAGUGGCCUAAAUGGGCAGGUUGAGUACUUCCUUACCAAUGAUGCUCUGGGUAUCUUUACCAUUGACAGAAUGGCAGGCACAUUGAAACUUGCCCAAGGCCUUGACCGGGAGACAAGGUCCCAGUACGUGUUUAGGGUUGUGGCCAGUGAUCGGAGUGUCCAGAGUCCAAGGAGAACCACAGUUGAUGUGACAGUAAAUGUAGAUGAUGUCAAUGACAACAGUCCUGUCUUUGGACAGAACCCUUUGGAUGUUUUUGUCUCUUCACAAAUGUCAGUGAACCAGACCAUCGCCACAUUGAUUAGCUACGACUCAGACCUGGGGCUCAAUGGAGCUGUGGUUUUUCGUUUUGUUGAGACCCAGUCUUUGUUUCAUAUUGAUGAUCACUCAGGAGAGGUUCGACUUCAGAAACAACUGUCCUCAGAACACUUCCCUGUGUUGCUACAGGUAAAGGUUAUGGAUCAGGGGAUCCCAACCAGGACAGCCACUGGUCUUUUGUUCAUCCACAUGCAGGAAAAAGAUGCAAGGUUUUCCUUUAGUCAGCAAUUAUAUACAUCAACUAUAACUGAAAACUGUGAAACUGGAUUUCCCAUCGUGACUGUAGAAGCCUUCACUCCAGAGUCCAGUGGGAAAGAAAUAAAAUACUGGAUUUUUAGUGGAAAUGAAAAUGGAGUAUUCUCCUUAAACUCUAAAACAGGUGAACUCACUGUGCAGGAGCCAAUUUUUCUUGAUUUUGAGGUCAGAAAUGAAAUUAACCUCAUUGUUUUGGCUGAAAGUGGCUGGCAUACAACCUAUUGCAAAGUGGCUAUCUUAGUACAAGAUGCGAAUGAUAAUGUACCAGUUUUUCAGGCAAGCACUUACCAAGCAUCAGUGUCGGAAGGACAGCCCUUCAAUACACAAAUCAUGCAGGUUUUUGCUGCUGACCUUGACAGUGGAUUGAAUGGGCAAAUUGAGUAUUCAAUCCUCUUAGGCAACCAGGAUGGAGCAUUUCAUAUUGAUGCAGCAAGUGGCGUAAUAGCAACUAAUACAAUUCUGGACUAUGAAGAAACCAAUUCCUACAGCUUGAUUGUCCAAGCUGCCGAUAAAGGGAUGCCUAGGCUUUCUGCUACAGCUGUGGUCAAAAUCCAAGUGGUAGACCUCAAUGAUAAUAUCCCAGCCUUCCUCCCUUCUGAACGAGUAGAAGUUCCAGAAAGUAUUCCACUUGGUUCUGUUGUGACUCGAGUGUCUGCUCAUGACAGAGAUUCAGACCCUGCUCUUGUCUUCAGUUUCACUAAGGGGGGUAACCCUGGCAGUAGAUUUGCAAUUGAUCACAACACUGGAGUGGUGAUGCUAGUAAAGCCAUUGGAUUUUGAAGGAGGGCAUGAAUAUGAGCUACUGGUUGAGGUUUCGGACUCUGUGCACCACACGGAAGCGGUGCUCAUGGUCUACGUUAUGGAUGUCAACGACAACCCCCCACUCUUUUCCCAAGAUUUCUAUCAGGUCACAUUGCCUGAAAUGAUGCCUGUAGGAUCCUCCAUCUUGACUGUGUCAGCCACAGAUCAGGACACAGGAAUUGAUGGAAGGAUUUCCUACAGAAUCCUUUCUUCUGCUGACGGAUUUUCAAUUGAUCCUCAGAAUGGCUCCAUAUUUACUGUCAAACCUGUGAUGCUUUUGGACAAAACAUCAACAAUCCAACUUCCUGUGGAAGCCAAAGAUGGUGGUAUCCCUAGUUUGACAGCCCUUACUUUGGUGGAAAUAGAAAUUCAAGAUGUGAACAACCAUGCCCCUCAGUUCACCGUGGAGUACUAUAACAUCACCGUGAGUGAAGAUGCAGUCAUUGGGACCACCCUGCUCACAUUUUCAGCUGUCGACCAUGACUGGACCCAUGAAAACACACAUGUUGAAUAUUCUGUCAUCAGCAGUAAUUUGCAGAAUACUUUCCAUGUUGAAACUCAUGUAAUUCCCUCAGGAUCCCCUUACAAGCGUGUUGGUCAUCUUGUCCUGAGCCACCCUCUAGACAGGGAAACUAUGGCCUGCCAUAAACUCAUCAUUCUAGCUUCUGAUCAUGGUCAUCCCCCAUUGAAUUCUACAGCCACCAUAUUAAUAGAUGUGCUUGAUGUCAAUGAUAAUCCUCCAAUAUUCAGCUCUCCAGAAUACCGUGCCCACGUUAAGGAAAGUCUGCCUGUCGGUAAUCAGAUUGUUGUGGUCUCUGCAAAAGACCAUGACACUGGAGACAAUUCCAAAGUCACCUACACCAUCAUCUCAGGAAACGAACGAGGACAUUUCCAAGUAGAUGGGGAAACUGGAGUGAUAACUUUGAUUAAACCCUUGGAUUAUGAAGACACAUUGAUGUUCACCUUAACUGUCCAAGCCUCAAAUAGAGGAACAAAUAAUUUUGCUUUCUCAGCGGUAUUUAUCAGUGUCUUAGAUGACAAUGACCAUGUCCCCCAGUUCAUGUUCUCAAGUUUGAACUGUGUUGUCCCUGAAAAUUUGCCUAAUUUCUCCAUCAUAUGUACAGCACAUGCCUUGGAUUUUGAUGCUGGCCCUUAUGGACACCUAACAUACUCUAUUCAGUCAUCCUGUUUAAUGAAUCAUGGAAUCCUUCAUGAUCAUGACCUAUUUUUUAUUGACCCAUUAACAGGGGAUAUCUAUGCCAAGCAUAUCCUAGACUAUGAAAGUGAAAAUAAACACUGCUUCAUUGUUCAGGCAGAAGACAAAGGUGAGGCCAAAGCCACUUUGAUGGUCCAAGUGGAUGUUGAAGGAAUUGAUGAAUAUGAACCUAUUUUCACACAAGACCACUAUUUCUUUAGUCUUCCAGAGAUUCAUCACAUAAGACAGGUUAUUGGCAAAGUAGAAGCAUCUGAUGCUGAUGCCGGAAUUGAUGGACUUGUGCUUUAUACCCUUGCAACUUCAUCAACAUUCUUAUCUAUUAAUAAAACCAGUGGGAAUGUCUACUGGGUUGGAGACCCUCCCUUUAUGGGAAGCAGCAUCAGGAAAGAUGACAUCAUUGAAAUGAAGGUAAUAGCACACAGUCCUAAAAUAGACUCUAAGUCCUCCUCUUGCACCAUCUUUGUAAAUAUGUCCUCUUUUGCUCAGGGAGGAUACUAUGCAUUGCCUGCUGACAGCCUUUCAAUCAGCCUCACAGCCUCCAUCAUCAUAUUUCUACUCUUGGUCAUCAGCCUUGUUGCCCUGUUUUUAAGAUAUAAACGAAAAGACACAGUGAACUCCUGUGGGGAGAAAAAGGUCCCCUCAUCCUCACCUAGUAAUCUGAGCCUGACUAGCGAUCCCAGCGUCCUCAAGAACUCCCAGAAAGCUCCAGAUGUGGGCAAUGGCAUUCUUCCCAUGGGCUCCAUGUCUGAAUGGUUGGAUUUAGUAGAUAUGAGAGAGAAAAAGGAUAUGGUGAAUCCUUGCAGGCAUUCAGACUCAAGCGGCCACUGCUCAGUGGAAGGAGAUACUGCUGAGGAUGAGGAGAUCAAAAGGAUCAACGAAUACCCCUGCCGAAAGGGCUCCGGCUCAGUUCCGAGUGACCGAGGGUCUCGGGUGCCAGAUUCUGGAAUACCCAGAGACUCUGACCAGCUCUCUUGCCUUUCUGGGGAAACAGAUGUGGUGAUCACCGCUGAAACCUUAGAGAACAGUUUCGCCUUUGAGGGUGUAGGAGAAAGGUGUGAUUCCAUUUAUGCUCAAAAUAAAAUGCCGUCCCAGACACUCCACAAAAUUGGAAUGAAAGAGAAAACCCUCAUGGAAGAUGUUAGGAGAGAUUAUAUCUUUAUUUCAAAUGAUCAGGACUCAAGGUACGGAUCUCUUGCAACUUUAGAAGCUCCCACCAAGGAUCCAAGAAGCAGUUAUGACUGGGAUUACCUCCUCAACUGGGAGCCCCAGUUUCAGCCUCUUUCUUCUGUCUUCAAUGACAUUGCAAAGCUGAAAGAUGAACAUUUGCAGGUGCCUGGAUUAUCACAGGGGAAGAAAUCUUUUGUUUUCCCACCUCCUUUGAUCACAUCAGUAGCACAGCCUGGCAUAAAGGCAGUGCCACCACGAAUGCCAAGCCUCUCACCAGGGAAAGCAUUCGAAAAAUACCCACGUUCUCCCCUUCGCCAGCACCUUCACUGUCCACCGGCGGCCAUGACCCCCAGUUUUUCUCCUUCUCUCUCCCUGCUGACCAUGCAGUCUCCCGCUGUGUCUCCCCUUUUGCCAGAUGCUGGGUUGUUAGGCACAUGCCUAGUCAGGACAGCCCAUGGCCCCAGGGCAGAAGAAGAAGUCCAGCUGUGA